AAUCCAACCAUAUAUUAUAUAGUCACAUUAAUGUCUAUGUCUCAUAUGACAAAUAGUAUAAUUUAGCCAAGCUUGUAGAUGCAGCAAUAUUAAUUGUUGAAUAGCAAGGUUGGAUCGAUAGAAGAAUGGCGAAUCAACUUGGAAAUCUGGUGGAAUCAAUAAAGUCAAAGGUGAAGUCAACGUUGAAGAUGAAGAAAGGAAAGAAGCCAUACAUAAAGAUGGACAAGAGUGCAAGUGUUAAGGUUGAGAUUCGAAGCAGAAAAGCUCGUAAGCUUAUUGAAAAGACCUUGAAAGCUGCUGAUAAUAAUAUUCCCCCCACCAAGCACAACCUCACCAUAUAAUUUCUUAUUCUUCAAUGUUCAUUUCCAAUCUCAAGUCAAUCAACAUGUAUAUACUUUGUGUUGUGUGUUAAUUAGAUGAUUGGGUAAGAUCGAAUUGAUAUAUCUAAAUAACUUAUUUGUGUCUCUUGGUUUUAUCAUUUCUGGUUUGGUGGGUAGACUUGAACUACCUAGAUUGUAUUUCAUCAAAAACACAACAAUGAACUCGCAAUCAUUAAUAUGAUAGCUGUAGUCUUUUACUCUAUAAGAUUUCUUGAAAUUGGAUCAUCUCUUUCAUUUUA